AUGAAUCUCUCUAUUAGUAAAUUUACAAGAUCGCUGCUUCAGAAUUACUCAAAAUGGAAUAGCGAAUUAUUUAAUGUAAGAUGUUCUUCGCAAUAUUACAAGAUAGAUGAGAAUAUCUGUGAAUUGAAAGAUCAACAGAAACAGCUACGACAAUUGGUUUUUAACGUUGCUCAAAAAGAGCUUGCCCCGAAAGCUGAUGAGAUCGACAAGAAGAACAAUUUCGAUGAUUUACGAUCAUUCUGGAAAAAACUAGGAGAAUUAGGCUUGCUGGGAAUAACAGCGAAAACAGAAUAUGGUGGAACAGGUGGCACGUACUUGGAUCAUAUCAUUAUUAUGGAAGAAUUGAGCCGAGCAUCGGCGGCUAUCGGACUCAGUUAUGGCGCACAUUCGAAUUUGUGCUUAAAUCAAAUUCACAAAAACGGCACGGAGGAACAAAAGAACAAAUAUUUGCCGAAGUUGUGCAGCGGAGAACACAUCGGAGCACUCGCCAUGUCGGAGCCAGGAUCAGGAUCUGAUGUAGUUUCCAUGAAACUGCGAGCAGAAAAGAAAGGAGACUAUUAUGUUUUGAAUGGUAAUAAAUUUUGGAUCACGAAUGGCCCUGAUGCCGAAACUCUCGUCGUUUAUGGGAGGACGAAUCCAAAUACCGACAAACCACAGCACGGAAUCACAGCGUUCAUCGUAGAACGCGGAUUCGAAGGUUUCAGUACAGCGCAAAAGUUAGAUAAAAUGGGAAUGCGAGGUUCCAACACGGCUGAACUUGUUUUCGAAGACUGUAAAGUUCCUGCGGGAAAUGUGCUUGGAGAAGAAAACAAAGGCGUAUACGUUCUUUUCAGCGGUUUAGAUUUGGAGCGACUAGUACUGGCGGCUGGCCCUUUGGGAAUUAUUCAGGCGUGUUGCGACGUGACAUUUGACUACGCCCAUACAAGAAAACAAUUUGGAAAACGCAUCGCGGAGUUCCAGCUUAUACAGGAGAAGAUAGCAAAUAUGUAUACGAGUUUGAGUGCCUGCAGGAGCUACUUGUACUUUGUAGCAAGGUCUUGCGACGCUGGACACGUGAAUCGGAAAGAUUGCGCAGCAGUGAUACUUUUUCUUGCUGAAAGCGCCACAAAGACUGCCUUAGACGCGAUUCAAGUACUUGGUGGAAACGGGUAUAUAAAUGAUUAUCCGACUGGAAGAUUCCUGAGGGAUGCUAAACUGUACGAGAUCGGCGCUGGUACCAGUGAAGUUCGCCGUAUGGUAAUCAGUAGAGCAAUCAGCGAAGAAUAUUCGUGAAAAGAGAUGUUAGUCCUUUUUGCUGGCGCCUACAGCAUUCAAGAUAAACGAUUAAGUUAAGGAUUUAAAAAGUAUAAGCUUCAUCCUUGGAUUUACACGAAUUUCUACUACUUUGUACAGAGAAAAUAAAAAUAUAUUUCACGCCCAUC